AAAAUAAAUCAGGAAACACAAACAGUUUCUUACAUAUACAUGAUGAACAACAACAAGAGCACUAUGAAGAUGAGUUCGGCACAAGGAAGUGGUAAUGUUACUACUAACAUCGUUAUUACAGAGAAGAGGAAUAAGAAGGUAGAGAGGAAGGCAUCAAUGGACGUAGACCAGUGCGCAGAAGCUUUCAUCACAAAUUUCAGAAAGCAGCUUCUUCUCCAGCGUCUCGAAUCCAUCGAAAAUAUGCUAUCCCGUGGCCUUUAAAACUAGUUAUCAAUACACACUUGUAUGUAUGUAUAUAUUAUUACUUGUGUAUUAUUUUACAUACUUCCUCCAUCUCAUAAGUUUUGAUGUUUUAGACGGUUUUUACUGUUUUAAAAUGUAAGACAUUAUGAUAUUUCUAUAGUAAUUUUAAUUUUAUUGAAAAUUGUUUGAUCCG